AUGUCAAAAUUAACAAUCAAUUUAAGUGAGACAGUUGUCACUGAGCCAAAAGAGCUUCUAAGCCAGUCAUCCAUUAACUCAAACACACAAGACUAUCAAAAUUUAGAAGACAGCGCUUAUGGGAUGAAAGAUGCUUUGUUAGUGAAAUGGAGAGACACGGUAGAAAAUCUAUAUGAAGAAAUCGAGCUGCAAAAGCGGCAAAGAAGAGAAGCAGAGCUUUGAUGCAAAGAAUUAGAAGUAAAAAAUCAGUCUAUUGAAAAACGCAAUAAAGAGCUGUCAACUAAAGUUCUAGCUUACAAAGAGGAAAACGAAUUAGUAAAAGAAAACAAAGAAAAUAUUGAAAAAGAGCUUUCAAUCCUUAAAACUUCAGGAAAUAAGCAUACUCAGCAAAUAUCUAUAAUUGCUCAAGAAAACGAAGAACUAAAACGUAGAAUUGAAAUUUUCAAAGAAGAAUCUAUGGAAAAAAAUAAAGCGCUCCAAGACUUGAAUUUAAAGAUAAGCACAUAUGAGGCCAAAACAUUGAAGCUCGAAAACGAAAAUUCUGAUUUAAAAAGCGAAAUUGAAGAAUGGCAGACAAAAUAUGACGAUUUAGUCUAUAAAUGUGAAAGAUUAACUGCUCAAGCUAAAAUCGCUGAAACCGUCACAGUCAGUUUAAAGCAAGCCCAAGAAGACUAUCAAAAGUGCUUGAGAGAAGAAAAAGAAAUGCUGGAAAACAAAGAAAAUGAAAUGAAAGAGAAAUAUAACGAGUUUGAAGCGAAACUAAAAAAAAGAUAUGCAAUGAAGGAGAGUGAACUGAAGCAAGAGCUUACAAGAUCAAUUGAAGAAAUUCAAAGAACUGUAGAAAUUAGCAGUGAAGAACAUAAUAAAGUGAGAAAUGAAAACAUAAGCCUAAAGGAUUACGUUAAAAAUUUGCAAGAAGAGCUGGCAGGAUCAAAAAUAGAUAUAAGGGCUUUAGAAGACGCCCGACAAGAAAUUGAUACAUUAACUCAUUUGUUGGAAGAUAAGACAAGUCUUUGCGAAAAACAAGAAAUUACUUUGGAAGAAGAAAGCUUAAAUUUCAAAAAUAGAUUGGAAGAAGCCCAACAAGUCGAAGCAAAUCUAAGAAAUUUGCUAUCUGAAAGCCAUGAAACCAUUGAAAAUCUCAAACAAAGUUUAUUGAAUGAGCAAAAACUCCAUGAAGAGUCAGCACAACAUAUAAUCGAGCUUGAAGAAAAACUUGAAAACGAGCAAACAAAAGCCAAAGAAAAAGAAAUUGAAAUAAGUAAAAUCUCAGAAAAUGAAAAAGAACUCAGCAAAAGACUAUCGAAAAUAAGGGAAACUCAUUUACAAGAAAUAAAAAAUAUUCUUGAAUCUAAUGACGAAAAAAUAAAUCAAGCCAAAGCCAAAACUAAACAAAAAUAUAGUAAAGAGUAUCAAAAACGAUUAGACAUGGAAAAAGAAAAAAAUAACAUUUCAGAAAAAGAAAUUUUAAGACUAAAAAAUAUAUUAGAGACACAAGAACAAAAGCUUGAGGCUGUUAUGAAAGAAAAGCAGAUCCUUGAGGACGCUUUGCAUGAAUUUCGAGAGCAAGUAACACAAAUUACAGCACAUCAAAGUAUGCAUAGAACCCAAUCAGAAGAAAUAUCAAAUCAGCUGAAUUCUCAAUUAGUCAGCCUCAAUCAUGAGCUAGGGAAAGAAAAAAAGCAUCGCCUUCAUUUAGAACAAAAAAUGAAACAGAAAAAAACUGAAUUUCAGCAGUUGCAAGAAAAGAUUAAACAAGACAGCUCAUUUUUUAAGCAUGAAAUAGCGAGAAAAGAUGAAGAACUGAUGAAAUUAAAAAGGAGAUUUGAGGCAAAGUUAAGAGAAAUGUGUGGAGAAGUUAAUUUAAAAAAUGAGAAUAUCAGGGGAGAGAUGCUAAAAAUUAUCAGUGAGAUGAAAGAAGACUCUUGUGAAGAAUUUGAGUGUGUUUUAGAAAAUCUUGAAGACUUGGUCUAUAGCAUUCCUGCGUAUAGUUGUUAA